GUGUUGACGUCAGGGGAUAAAGCCGUUACCACUCCACAUUUGAAUCAGUCUAACGGAACUUGAAGCGACGUACAAGCACGUCUAAGUAUCCUGUAAAAAUCGUAUUUUUCUAGCAGCCAUCCGACAACUACCAAACAUUCAACAUGCGUGAAAUCGUUCAUCUGCAGGCUGGUCAGUGCGGCAACCAGAUCGGUGCCAAGUUCUGGGAGGUGAUCUCAGACGAGCACGGCAUCGACCCCACCGGCACCUACCACGGUGACUCCGAUCUUCAGCUGGAGAGGAUCAACGUUUACUACAAUGAAGCCACAGGUGGGAAGUACGUGCCCAGGGCAGUCCUUGUGGAUCUGGAGCCAGGCACCAUGGACUCUGUCAGAUCUGGUCCCUUCGGACAGAUCUUCAGGCCAGACAACUUCGUUUUUGGCCAGAGUGGUGCUGGUAACAACUGGGCUAAGGGCCACUACACAGAGGGUGCUGAGUUGGUAGACUCAGUGCUGGAUGUUGUGCGUAAGGAGGCUGAGAGCUGUGACUGCCUGCAGGGCUUCCAGCUGACACACUCCCUGGGCGGUGGCACCGGCUCCGGCAUGGGCACCCUGCUCAUCUCCAAGAUCCGUGAGGAGUACCCCGACAGGAUCAUGAACACAUUCUCAGUCGUGCCAUCCCCCAAGGUAUCGGACACUGUCGUCGAGCCCUACAACGCCACCCUGUCAGUCCACCAGCUGGUAGAGAACACAGAUGAGACCUACUGCAUCGACAACGAGGCCCUGUACGACAUCUGCUUCCGUACCCUCAAGCUCACAACCCCGACCUACGGUGACCUGAACCAUCUCGUGUCUGCAACCAUGAGCGGCGUCACCACCUGCCUGCGGUUCCCCGGUCAGCUCAACGCUGAUCUCCGUAAGCUUGCUGUCAACAUGGUCCCCUUCCCCCGUCUCCACUUCUUCAUGCCCGGCUUCGCCCCCCUGACCAGCCGUGGCAGCCAGCAGUACCGCGCCCUGACCGUCCCCGAGCUGACCCAGCAGAUGUUCGACGCCAAGAACAUGAUGGCUGCCUGCGACCCCCGUCACGGCCGCUACCUCACCGUCGCUGCCAUGUUCCGUGGCCGCAUGUCCAUGAAGGAAGUUGACGAGCAGAUGCUGAACGUGCAGAACAAGAACUCCAGCUACUUCGUCGAAUGGAUCCCCAACAACGUGAAGACCGCCGUAUGCGACAUCCCACCACGCGGCCUGUAUGAAAGACCCCCGAUUGGGACUUCUCCCCCCCGGGGCCUGGAGGAUUCCGCCACCUUCGUCGGCAACAGCACCGCCAUCCAGGAGCUGUUCAAGCGUAUCUCCGAGCAGUUCACCGCUAUGUUCCGCCGCAAGGCUUUCUUGCAUUGGUACACCGGCGAGGGUAUGGAUGAGAUGGAGUUCACCGAGGCCGAGUCCAACAUGAACGACCUGGUGUCCGAGUACCAGCAGUACCAGGAUGCCACCGCUGAGGAGGAGGGAGAGUUCGAUGAGGAGGAGGAGGAAGGCGAUGAGCUCCCAUCCGACAACUACCAAACAUUCAACAUGCGUGAAAUCGUUCAUCUGCAGGCUGGUCAGUGCGGCAACCAGAUCGGGUCCAAGUUCUGGGAGGUGAUCUCAGACGAGCACGGCAUCGACCCCACCGGCACCUACCACGGUGACUCCGAUCUUCAGCUGGAGAGGAUCAACGUUUACUACACUGAAGCCUCAGGUGGGAAGUACGUGCCCAGGGCAAUUCUUGUGGAUCUGGAGCCAGGCACCAUGGACUCUGUCAGAUCUGGUCCCUUCGGACAGAUCUUCAGGCCAGACAACUUCGUUUUCGGCCAGAGUGGUGCUGGUAACAACUGGGCUAAGGGCCACUACACAGAGGGUGCUGAGUUGGUAGACUCAGUGCUGGAUGUUGUGCGUAAGGAGGCUGAGAACUGUGACUGCCUGCAGGGCUUCCAGCUGACACACUCGCUGGGCGGUGGCACCGGCUCCGGCCUGGGCACCCUGCUCAUCUCCAAGAUCCGUGAGGAGUACCCUGACAGGAUCAUGAACACAUUCUCAGUCGUACCAUCCCCCAAGGUAUCGGACACUGUCGUCGAGCCCUACAACGCCACCCUGUCAGUCCACCAGCUGGUAGAGAACACAGAUGAGACCUUCUGCAUCGACAACGAGGCCCUGUACGACAUCUGCUUCCGUACCCUCAAGCUCACAACCCCGACCUACGGUGACCUGAACCAUCUCGUGUCUUCAACCAUGAGCGGCGUCACCACCUGCCUGCGGUUCCCCGGUCAGCUCAACGCUGAUCUCCGUAAGCUUGCUGUCAACAUGGUCCCCUUCCCCCGUCUCCACUUCUUCAUGACCGGCUUCGCCCCCCUGACCAGCCGUGGCAGCCAGCAGUACCGCGCCCUGACCGUCCCCGAGCUGACCCAGCAGAUGUUCGACGCCAAGAACAUGAUGGUUGCCUGCGACCCCCGUCACGGCCGCUACCUCACCGUCGCUGCCAUGUUCCGUGGCCGCAUGUCCAUGAAGGAAGUCGAAGAGCAGAUUCUGAACGUGCAGAACAAGAACUCCAGCUACUUCGUCGAAUGGAUCCCCAACAACGUGAAGACCGCCGUAUGCGACAUCCCACCACGCGGCCUAAAGAUGGCCGCCACCUUCGUCGGCAACAGCACCGCCAUCCAGGAGGUGUUCAAGCGCAUCUCCGAGCAGUUCACCGUUAUGUUCCGCCGCAAGGCAUUCUUGCAUUGGUACACCGGCGAGGGUAUGGAUGAGAUGGAGUUCACCGAGGCCGAGUCCAACAUGAACGACCUGGUGUCCGAGUACCAGCAGUACCAGGAUGCCACCGCUGAGGAGGAGGGAGAGUUUGAUGAGGAGGAGGAGGAAGGCGAUGAGCUCGCCUAA